CUUCCGCGCGGGGCGGUGGCGCGGGCCCCAUGGCGGGCGAGGGCGAGGGCGCGGUGCCCGUGUGGCUGGACGAGGAUGACCUGGGCUGCUGCAUCUGCCAGGAGCUGCUCCGCGACCCGACCACGCUGCCCUGCGGCCACAGCUUCUGCCGCGCGUGCCUGGAGCGCGCGUGGCGCGCGGGGGCGCCCCGGGCCUGCCCCGCCUGCAGGGAGCCCGCGCCGCGCGGCCCGCUGCGGAGGACCCUGCUGCUGCAGCGCCUGGCGGACAAGCUGGGCGCCGCGGCCGGGCUGGGGCUCGCGCCCGCACCCGCACCCGCCCCGCCCCGCGCGCCACCGCCGCCACCGCCGCCGCCGCCGCCGCCGCCGCCGCCGCCGCCGCCGGUGACAGCACAGAAGAGUAUCACAGAGGUUGUCCAGGAGCUGACAGUGCUGGCGCGAAAGCUGGUAGACAUUACCAAGCUUGUCCAGAGGCAGGGACCCCUCGUGGGAUACCGGCCAGACAAAGAAGCUUUGUCCUCAGGGCAGGACAUUUCCCCGGCUUCUCCUACACCAGUGGCUUCCAGAACAUCUGAGGAGGAAAUAAGAGCGAUUCUCCGUGACCUCGAAGAAAUUCAAGAAAAAUUACGAGGGAACUUCUUGGGGAAAGAGGCCCCUGAAGAGCAAACACGGGUGGAACUCCCAGAAGCUGUGCCUUCUUCCUCAUGCCCACAGCCUGAGCAGAGCUGGCCUGCACCCAGGAGGGUCUCUCAGUUUGCUCAGUGGGCCAUCACACCAACCUUUGAUUUGGAGAGCCUGUCCUGCAGCCUGGAGGUCUCUAAGGAUUGCCGGAAAGUGACAGUGUGUCGUUGCCAGCAGAACUAUCUAUGGAGUCCCCAGAGGUUUUCAGCCAGCCAGGUGGUGUGUUCCCAAGCCCUGUCAUCUGGGCGGCAGUACUGGGAAGUGGACACUCAGUACUGCAACAACUGGGCAGUUGGGGUGGCUUCCGGGACCAUGGCCCGGGACCGGAUGCUGGGAAGGACCAACGACUCAUGGUGUAUUGAAUGGAAGGACACUGGCAAACUCUCUGCGUGGACCAUGGCCAAGGAAACUGUCCUGGGAUCAGAUAGACCUGGGGUAGUAGGCAUCUGGCUGGACCUGGAGGAGGGGAAGCUCGCCUUCUACUCAGUGGCCAAUCAGGAGAGCCUUGUGUAUGAAUGUGAGGUCUCAGCCUCCUCUCCCCUGCACCCUGCCUUCUGGCUAUUUGGUUUACAGCCAGGAAACUCCCUGAUCAUAAAGCAAGCAAAGAUUUAAAGAUUCCUCAUGGAUUAAAUCAGUAGUUUCCUGAUAUCACCCCUGCCUUCAAGCAGGUUAGAAAUUUGACUGAAUAUCCCGCUUUUGGAGUUAAUCCUUUUGUGUGGUGCAGCGUUAACUGAGCAGGUUUGAGGUUCUUGAAGCCUGUACAUGUGGAGAAGACUUACUUCUGACUGGCGCUUGGGAGAUGAAUGCUAAGCCUUUAGAAGAUCUGGCCUGCUCAGAGCGACUGCGUUUACCUGGGAGUUUUGGGCAUUGGAGGAGCAUCUUGACCUCAAAAGAAGUUGGAGACCCAGUGAGCCAUGUGGGCACUGGACUGUGUCAACAUGACUGACCCCCGUAAAGCCUGGGAGACCUGGGAGUUUCCAGGACUCCAUUGCGGGGAGAACAAAGCCAUGUCCUCAGGACUCCCAUGGGUGAGGUUCACCUUGGGCCCCAUUCUCUGUGCCUUUUCCCACUGCUGAUUUUAUUCUGUGACUUUUCACUGUAAUAAACUGUUAACUGUAA